CUCAAUUGCAGGUACUCUUUGGUCUCCCUUUUGGACAAGAAAUUGACAUGUGGUCUCUGGGAUGCAUCUUGGCUGAGCUGUACUUGGGGAAGCCCCUAUUCUGGGCCAAGCAGAAGAAGGACCUGUUGACUCAGAUGACAUCACUUUUUGGACCACUCCCUACCAAAGUCUACCAGAGGGCCAAGUUCUUCACCCAUUUCAAGGAAUCAGUCGGACAGCCAUUGUCUUUCAUGGAUAAUUUCUCCAAGUUUGGAACCAAGCUGGACUGCAGUGACUUCAAGUUUGUCUCCUUUCUUCAAGGCAUGCUGACCUUUGACCCAAGUGAGCGUAUGUCUGUAUCAGAGGCUAUUCAACAUCCGUUCAUGGCACCAGAGAUGGCCAUCAAAUAUGUUCUUCCGUUCAAGAUAAAUGGUUCUGAAGCAAGUGGGACAUACUCUCCUGUUGACCUGACACCUUCCAUGUACACCCAUACACCCGCUGGUACUCUUGAUUCAAGGAACAAACAUCUGACGAGCCUUGAACUCCUGCACCAGGGAACCAGAGUCAGUGGUAGCACCACCAAACAGAAGGUCAUCCAUGUGGUUGCACCCUUUGAGCCGAGCAAGUCGAAGGAUACAGAGACUCCUGGAGUUAAGGUGGAGCCAAAGUCAGAACAAGGUGAUGGUGGUGUUGAGCACAGUGAGGGGAUGAUUGGUGGUGUCCGGUUACCUGAAGCUCCUCGGGAAACGAUCAAGAAGCCAUCGGUGGGUUCCAUUCGUGUGCUGAAGAAACAAGAUGCUUCAGUGAUGACAAAGAGCUCAUCAUCAGAGCACCAACAUCCUCAAGAACCUGUUCUCAAGAAAAACGUGUCCAAAAGAUCCAAACAAUCCUUGAAAAUCCAGAAAAAGCCUUUGAAAAAGCCAGGUGAUGGUGGUGUUGAGCAUGGUGAGGGGAUAAUUGGUGGUGUCAGGUUACCUGAAGCUCUUCAAGAAGCAACCAAGAAGCCAUCGGUGAAAUCCGUUCGUGUGCUGAAGAAACAAGAUCCGCCAGUGACCAUUCAUGUGCUGAAGAAACAAGAUCCGCCAGUGACCGUUCAUGUGCUGAAGAAACAAGAUCCGCCAGUGACCAUUGGUGUGCUGAAGAAACGAGAUCCGCCAGUGACCGUUCAUGUGCUGAAGAAACAAGAUCCGCCAGUGACCAUUGGUGUGCUGAAGAAACACGAUGCUCCAGUGAUGACAAAGAGCUCAUCAUCAGAGCACCAACAUUCUCAAGAACCCGUUUUCAAGGAAGACAGGUCCAAAAGAUCCAAACAGUCCUUGAAAAUCCAGCAAAAGCCUUUGAUAAGCCAACCGCUUGCUCAGGUUGAAUCUGAUUCAAAGCCAUGCCAUGCACAUGGAAAAGAAGAGCAUCUAACUGGAGUAGGGAUGCUUAUAGAUUCUCCUAAAGAAGAUGAUCCGCUAACACCUGACCAGACCUUGAAAAAAACAAAAGGUUCAACUGCAAAAUCAAAGUUGAAUAUCUCAGAGGAAGAGACAUCUGGUCCAGAUGCCAAGUCAGAGGGUACCCCUGGGAGUCCGGGAGAAUCAAGUCACCAAUUUAGGUACCUGAAGCAACAAAGCGUAGCAGCAGUGUCACACAAAAGUAAAUCACUGGGAGUCAACAUGAAAAAACUUUGCAAAUCACCAGUCAUGCUCCCAGAGAAAAGUCCAGCAAGUAAUUCCAAGAGGAAAUGGGAUAGGUGUAAAGGGACAUCUGAAUCAAGCAGUGAUGUGAGGAAAAGUGAUUGUUCUUCGGACAGCAAGGGUAUGCUGAUAUGUGAUGAGAAGAAAUCAGUUCAUCCAAAGAAGGAUGUUACCCUGUUGGUCGAAAGAGUUCAAAAGAAAAAAGCGCCUAGGGCCACAUCAAAGGGGAAAUCAGAGGAUCCCUUGAAAGGGCACCAUCAAAAAUCAUCAACAUCGAGUAUAGGGCAUAAACAAUUGAAAGGUCAGGAAAGAACUAGUGUUUAUGAAUUUAUUGUCACUCCUGAGACGAAGGGUAAGAGAUCUGGGAGUAGAAAGAGAAGUCUUCAAAUGGCAGGUGAUAGUGUGGUCAAAAGGUCGAGGAGAAAACAUGUGGCAUCAGGAUCAGAUCUAAAUGCAAUGAAAGCCCAUCCAGUGGACAAUUCUCUUGAAAGCUCAGAGAAAUGUCUUUUAGAAGCAUGGAAUUCCGACUUGACUUCCUCUGAAAUCAAACAGUCAGAAGCAAGGUUAUCAUCCUCGUCAAAACCAUCGUCUGUACCGACUUCUUUGACAUCUAAGAUGUCCGUCCUUUCCAGGUUACAAGCAGCAGGUGACAACAAAACAAUCGAGCAUUCUGUUCCAUCGCCAUCAGUGGCAUCAUCAUCAUCAUCAUCUUCUUCCCGGCCAUUAUCUGCUAAAUCCUCAUUACAGAGUUUUAAGAGGUGGUCUUUAGAGAGCAGCCCCUUGCAGCCUGACCAGCCAACUAAAACUGUUGUAAGAUCAGAGAGAAAGAGGGGUGCUAAAGCAGCUCAUGAACAUUCUCCUGGGACAGCGAAAAGGAAGCAAAAGGCUAAACUUUUGCCUUCAUCACCAUCAUCAUCAGAAUCACUGUUGUCACCCGUUGGAAUGCCAUCAUUAUUACAACUUUCAUCACCUUCAUCAUCAUCAUCAUCAUCACGUCCUCUGCCUUCCAAGCGUGGUACCAAACCAAGACUUUCUCCUGUCAAGCAAUCCUCUCCAGCUUUGCAAAUCAGGAGACUGUUUACGGGAGCAUCAUCUUCAAGAACACCACCAUCACCUCAGCAAUGGAGGAAAGCAUCUCCCAAUGUGCAGGGCCAGAGGAAAGACAUCAAAGCAACAGAGGCUGAACUACAUGAUCAAUCUGAUGAGGAAGAUGAGAUAUUACUUCUGUGAUACUGCAAGAUCUGAAAUAUGCUUACGCCUGGUCUCUCCUCUCAACUCCUGGACUCCUACCAACUCCUGAACUUCUAUCAAGAGAUAAAACCGUCUGUAUAGAAAGUGAAUAGAAGAGACAUGGAAUAGCAUCUAGUAAUCUCUCAACCGACCAUCAUCUUGUCAUCGACAUUUAUUUAUUGCCAGAGUGCCCUUGCCUGCGCAUAUACGCGUAACUUCACAAUUCUGAUAAAACGAAACCUGCAAGCAACACAAAAUGUGCAUCUCUAUCUCUGUAUAAUCUCUCAUGUUUUUAUCUUUAUAUUGAAUACAAAUCUUUGAAAUACUAGAUGGAGUAAAAAAAAAUUCAUUACUUUUAAAAUUCUAUCUUUCUAAUCUUGAUUGUGAUUUGUAAUGGUGCAACGUCCUUAUGAAGAGGAUGUGAACAAGGAUUAAAGGGUAUUUCUGGUUACUGUAAAACAGGGUGGAUUAGAACACAAAUUUUGAGUUUUACCAUGGUAUUUAUUCUUCUUCAAAUUUCUGGGAAAUGAGGCAGACCUUCUUUCACUUCCUGUAAGUUUGAUAAAGCAAAAGGGUCUCUCUAUUAAGUGGGAUAAAUAUUGUAUCAGGAAGCUUUGGAAAUGUCCUAUUCCUAUCAAACCUGGUUGCUAUUUAUCCUGUUUUAAACUAUGUAAUUUAAAGGUCUAGAUAGCUCAGUGCUUUUUUAAGAUUACCAACUAGUGCCUGCCUUUAAAAUUCAAUUAUUUUGACAUGAUUUUACAUGUCCCCUUUUGUAAUUUUGUACAUAAUAAUAAUUGAAUGUAAAUAGACAAUUUUUUUUAAAAUGAAUUUGAUUAUUUUUAUUAUUUGUAGCUCUAAUAUAUAUGAGGAUUUUGCAUUAUUAAAGUCAUUCCCCAAAUCAAACAA